UCGGAGGUACCCGAGAGGGCCGGCUGGACUGUCACGGCGUGAGGGUGGCGAGCACCGUCAGUGAUGGGCUAAGUGCAGUUACCGCUAUCGGUAAUGACGGCAGGAUUUUAUUAAAAACCCCUUGGUGCGUACACGGGCCGGGGUCUGUCCGAAGGUGCCGACGGUGUAGAGUGGGCGUGCUGCUCAGUGCGCCACGGGAGAGCUUCACCUUUCCACGGGGACAGGAUCUCCCGGAGUGGGGCGGCCCUGGAGCCACCCCGCAGGUACUCAAUAGAAGAAAACGGCAGAGAAAGUGCAGAACAACUGUGCAGGCAUUGGAGGGAGGGGAAUGUGAUGCCUUUCUGGGCAUGACUUGCGAAAGAGGAAAUAGGUACAAGAAACGCAGCGGGGGCAGCCGCCGUGCCAUACCAAAGCAGCUGAUUCUGGGAGCCACUUGAGGUUUGCCAGGCUAGUCCCUGGAGAGGUUACUGAAAGGGAAACGUGUCAAUUAUACACCCUACAGGGAGUGUGCACCCAGGGGAAUGGAUAGACUUAGCUCCAGAAUAAUUGCAGACAGCCUAAAUCCUGGGUUAUCCCUUCAGCACACAUGACACAGCGCAGGUGAGGAGGCCACGGUCACCUCCUUUCCCACUGGGACUGCAUGGUGAGAAUUAGCCAGUGUAAUUCUGGGAUGCGCUUGGUGCGGAGCAGAUUUCCUCAGGCUCAGAAGUGGGAUUCCCUCCAAAUCACAAACAAACACUUUCUGCUCAUACAGGGAAUAAAAGUGGAGAAUGAGGCACAGGGAGAGAUAAUGAAAUGCAAGGCUUAUGCCUGCCUGGCUUAUUAGCUCAUUGGGAAGGGGAUGGAAUGAGAAGUGAAGGAAAAAAAAGCCACCUUGCUCAUUAAGUACCUGUACUUAUGGUUGAUCUUGACCUUAUUACAAAGCACAGCCUUUCUCCUCAGGCUUUUCCUCAACCUACAGACGAACCCAAGCGUCUCCCAAAAACCCUUAAAGGCUCCAUGGGGACCAGGUCACUUGAAACUGAGUUUCACAUAAUUUAUCCUGCAAUUCUGGCAGCUUAUGCUGUCCUGCAAUGGUUGUGCUCAUGCUGCCAGGUAGACCCUGGAGUCCAGAGUCAGCACUAACUUGUGGGCUCUCCUUGCUGCUUACAGAUUGUGGCUGUGCCUUCAGAUCGAUUCCAGGUCCCUGCAGACAUCCAGCACGGCUGGUGUGGAAUGCAGCAGGCACACAAUGUGUGCACAGGGGUGUUCCUGGACUGUCACUCAGGCCCUCACGCUCGGGAGACUGGGCUGGGCAAGCACACACAUUUUAUGAAACCUUUUUACAUGGCUGGGCAGCUCUGCUGUUACAGAAUUUCGAGAGUAUUCUGCAAAGGCAGAAAAGUAAAAGCAAUGUUAUAGAUCCAGGUAGCGCAAAGGCACAAGAACCCUGAGUGAUGAAACCUUAGGACAUUUUCCUUUGUGGAUCAUGGACAGCCACAUCCAGGGUCUACAGCAGAGAACUGACCAAAGUGGAAAUCAAAUGCAGCUCAGACAUUUGUUAUGAGGAGAGCAAAGAGUGCGUGGUGAGGCCGGUAGACUGUUGUAAAUAAGUACUGAACAGAUAAAAUAUCCAAUGGCUUUUGGUUUUUGCACAAACAAUUCAAACUGUGUGGAUGUAGGGAUCCAGUAGAUUGUGCUGAAAGGUUACAGUAGAUCAUGCAUUACCUUGCAUAAAAGCUGUGAGAGCAUCCACCUUUUAAGUAGUUUCUGGAAGUGUUCUGUAUGUCACUGUUAGCUUUUAAGUACUUUGGGACAGUUUUCUCCGUUUCUUCCUCUCCCUCCUUCACAAUAGGACAAUUCUCUUCAGCAAUUUCCUGUAGAAACUGAGAAGAGGAACCUAUCCCUGGGAAUCACUAGGUACUGCUUAGGGAUUAUUCCCUCUUUUUUGCCAUUUUGACUAUAAUCAGUUUCACACAGGUAUGAAAGAUUUUAAAUUCUGAAUUCUGAUCACCAAAACAUUCCUGUAUCGUUCCAAAAAUAGUCACUUCAAUAAUCCCAGGCCUAGUGGUAAGUGUGCAAAGGCCACGGAUUCCAAAUGCAACCUCAGAAGUUGGGCCAAAAUAAAGAGAAAACAGUUAAAAGAUAAUUGUUUUUUGCAUGCCUGAAUUUAAAUAGUUCAGAGUAAAUCCUGGUAAACAUUACCAGGAUGAUUACAGCAUCAUCCUUUCCAUGGACUAUGCAUCUCAGACUAGAAGGGCUUUUUGGGAGAUAUUCUGUUUUUUGAGUCUCCUUAAUCUUCCUUUUUCCUGGGCCCAGGAUAAGAAGACUUACAAAAACUAAAAGAGACUUUCUACUUUAAGUAGACCAUUCGGUAUAAAAUGUACACAAAAAAUAUGUAAAAUAUAAGAAUAAAAUCAGAGUAUCAGGAAUAAAAUACAGUUCUCCCUACUAGUUCUGCUGUAACCAUAACUGGCCCAAGCUCCUCAUUAUCUUCUCUCUCUCUGUUAUGCAAGAGUAGAAAUCCAAAGCCGAUAUGAAGUAGACCAGGACUUCAGAGCAUGGUGAUUUGCAAUUCUAUUAGGCUCUAGAGAAAACCUCAGAAUUUUUCUGUUUUUCUUCUGUUUCAAACCAGAAUUUCCCUUCCUUUUCUUGGCUGUUGUGAGUGGGUGACAGCUAGUGGGCUAGCUGGAAUGGAGGGAUAUUAAUGUUAGUCCCACUUCCUACUCCAAGGUUAUUAAGUACUCUCUUACACUUAAUUAUGAUUUUCUAUUCAUGGAAUUCACCCAUGGUACAAUAUUUUAGUCCAGACUCCCUAUAGAAAUAGAUUAUCCUUACAGUGAAGAGAAUUUCAGCAUAAUAUUCCAAGCAAAGGCUGGUGACUCAUGAAUGGAUGCAAAUAUAACUCAGGAAUCUCAUCUGGCCUCAUCUGCAUUGCCACAAACAGACUGGGUUGUUCCCUCUCCUCAUUUUUCCAAAGGAACGUGGCAAAUCACACUAUCCUGCCUUUGGCUAGGUCUGGAAUCUAUCAGAAAAGAACUUGUCAUUUUCACAUGGGCUCAGACUUAGAGAAGAAACUCGAAAGAUCAGUGAUCCUAAGAAAACCUGUUAGAAUUAGGAGAGUGUGGCAGAAUUCUGGUAUUAUCUGAGUGUUGGCACCAACACAGAAACAAACUGAUUUUCAAAAGGUUUUGCAAACCUGCAGCUGCAUUAACUUUAAUAGAAAGAGGACUUUUAAGAGUUUCUGGAAGAAAUAUCAGACAUCUUUGGGGCCGAAAUAAGGACUUUGGAUUUGUGCCUUUUGGUCACCAUGUUGUGAAGUAGAAAUUAUUGGGGAGCUUAUGUGAGAGCUGCUGUUCUCCAGAAAGCUUCUCUCACUAAUCUUAAGUUCGGUUUCCUAAAGUGAUUCUUAGACCCAUGGCUGUAUCUUUUAAUCUUUGUUAUCAGGAUCCAUUUUCCUAACAAAGAGAUCAGUGAAAAUCUCUGUGACAUCCAGUCCUGCUUUCCAGUUUAUUUUUUCCCUGUCUUCUGAAGCAUAGUCUAACACCUCUCUUUAUAAACUGUGUUUGGACUGAGUUCUGUUUUGACAGUCUGACACAGCAAACAUCAGCUGCUUUUUCCAAAUGUGUCUCUGCAUGGACACUGAGGAAAUGCAGUGUCACUCUCUUUCAGCUGUUCAGUCCGUGUGCCUUGGCCUUCAGGAUUUCCAUCUGCAUUUUUUAUGUUACCUGAGCUGCAUUUGUCUAAGCAAAUUUACAAUAUGUUUUGAAUGCACAUUUAUAGCAUUAAUUUUUACCACAAACAUUUCAGGAAAGGAAGACCAAAGCAGAUUCAAGUACCCUGAAUACAGAGCUGAGCAGAUUGUUUCUCAGGAAGUAGGAAAUAUCCUAAGAAAGUGGCAUAAGGGGAUAAUGAACUGUUUUUCAUUUGGGUAGAAUUUUGUGAAUUGAUUCAGCUAAACAAAGUGGCAGGAAACAUUCUGAAAAAUAUCAGAACAUUUCCCAUUUGGGAAUUCCAGAAUGUUCUAAGAAACAAUACGUUUUGCUUAAGGGCAAACAAAGUGUUUUGAGAUGACCGGGUGCAAAGUGUCUUUUUUUGUUUAACUUAAUCUUCUCUUUAAAAAGUCUGUCUUAGUUUAACUCCCACUAAUUUUCCUCUUCAUGGCUUUUGAUUUGGACACUACACAGAAGGAAGGAGCCAUUAUUUUGUGAGCUCUGUUGAUACACACAGGCUGGCCUCACCAGCAGCCACCUGGAGGCUUUGGAGCAGAUGAGGCAAAUGGCUGGAGAGAAAACUUAAGCCUUGCAAGCUAAAUUCUGAGUUUCACAGUUUAGAGAAAUAGGAAGAAAAUCAAUUGUCUAAAGAUUAAUGGCUAUAUUUCUGAAGGCCUGAUGAAAUCAGGGUUAUGUGGAGCAAGCACAGAGUCCAGUGGCAGAAGCAAAAUGACUUUUUUUAAUUAGAAAAGGUAAAGCUGAAAAGAUCAGAAAACAGCUUUUGUCAUGAUGCCAGGCUUUAGUUUGGGUUGUGUUAGCUAGGUUAUGUAAAAAUAACCCUGAGUACAGAAACCUCCAGCUUUGAGCAGACACAGAUGGGGUGUGCAGCCACUCAGCCCAUCUGCAGAUCAGAUCAUGUGAAAGUACAAAAAUACUGAUAAUUAGCUUCUGCAGAGGGCUCUCUAAGCCAUUGAUCUGGAAGCAUUUUAUGGGGCUGGGUUCCAUUUUGAGAUGGAGAAAUAAAGCCAGAGAAUGAUGGAAAGACAUGGAACAAUACAGCAGUGGCAGGGGGGAAAGGAAGUCCAGGAUGCCCAAUUCCAUGGCCAAUUUUUAAGGCCCUUUCCUCUCCUCUAUCUGCUAACAUUUGGGGCCAUGGAACAGAAGUGAGUCCAGAGGAAACUGUGGCAUUACUGGGCAGCAAUCUGUCUGUAACUGAAGUUGUAAGAGAGGUCCAGUGUCAAGUAUUUCUGUGUGACAGGCUGCUGAAUAGGGAUUGAUUCUCUUUGGAGGAUAGAGUUAUCCAAGUUCUGGGGGGUAAAUUCCUGAUUUUGAGUGUUUUGCCCUGCAAAUGAGACCUUCACUAAAAGAAAACAGUUUCUUUCUCUGUUUAAAGGCCGAUUUUAUUAGGUAACACAAGUAGUAGUGUAUAUAUAUGUUAGAAAAGCUUACAGAGAUCUGCUUUACAAACUAAUUCCAAAAUUUUAAAGUUUCAUAUUUCACUACUUUUGUGAAUAACUUUUUGGCAGUUCUUGUCAGGGCUCUGGAAGGACCAAGAUACCAUGAAAUUAUUUCAGUAGGUUUGUUGAAGAAGAUCAGAAAGAAAAGGGUUCAACCCAGAGGUUUCUGCACUGCCUUCAUUAAGGUGAUCAAAAGUCCCUUGAGAAUCACUCUGCUGCCACAGGUACAGCUGGGUCAGUGUCACUUUUUCCCCAAAUUCUUGUGUCCAGAGGGAGUAAGAGAGACACUAAAACCUGCUCUGCCUCUCCAGAAAUCCCAGGAUUGGAGGUCCUCUAGGAGGCACGACAAAACAAUUAUUUGCCUUGGACACCUACAAGGGUUCUUUAAAAUAAAUGCAUGAGGAAAAUUGUCAAGGCUGGCGGAACUAAGCUGCAAAUUCAGCUGUUUCAGCACCAGUCAGGCUGCCCUGGUACUCCUCAGUUACACUGCUGGUCACCCUGGAAAUGCUGUCAGUCAGGACUGGAGGACAGGAACAGAAAUGCACUGCAUCACUCCGUGCUUUGCUGUACAUGUACAGUUACAGGCUGUGCAGGCAAGAACAGUCAGCAUGGUUUAAUCAGCGCUUAGGCAGCGUGUCAGCUCCAGCCUGGAGUGCUCCCCACUCCAACACACAGCGUUCCCACAGCCCUGUUAGCACUGCACAGGGCUCACAGGAGACCUGCUGUGCCUUUGGGCUAAAGGCUUCAGCUUCCUGUCACUGAGCUCUGCUAGAAAAAGUUUUGCUGCCAAUAUGUUUGCAAACACUGAAAUCUUUCUGUUUGUCAGGGGGCAGGCUUUUUAGCACCAAAAUCUGUCAUUACAUGGGGAAUAAAAUUAUUCAAAAGUACAAAACUGAAAAAAUAGUGACCCUGAUUGGUAGCCACUGACCCUGCUUGGUUACUUUACUUCAUGUUGCAGCCAUGUACCUGAUUGUGGCUGAUUUCAGAAGAAAUCAGAGCUCAAAUCUUGGAAAAAGAUGCAAGACUUAGGCUCUUAAAUUAGUCAGGCACUUUGAAAAUAGUGCCCCUUAGCCUUUCGACUGCUUAAUAUAAUUUUCACAAAGCUGCUCAUAGCACACAGUGGGAUUAAAGUAAUUAAAAUAUCAUGGUAGACCACACUGGCAGUAAGAUGUAUUCUCAAUGAAGCCUCCCAGAUCAUGUUAUUCAUAAAUAUCUUCAGACAACUGUAGAGUGAGGGAUUAUUAAAUAGCACUGAGACUUAUUGGAAAGGUGUCCCUGACCAUGGGAGGAGGGGGAUAGAACUGGAUGAUCUUUAAGGACUUUUCCAACCUAAACUAUUCUAUGGUUCAAUUUAGUCCAGGUUAUGGCUACAAUGGCAUUCCUUCAUUAAACAAAACAUGCCUGCACUUUUAAGUGGAAAAGAUAAAAAUGUUAUGUAACUGUACAUUUCCCCCAAGGGUCCGAAUCAGAGGUGUUGCUUUGUUAUCUAACAGUGCUUGCUUUGCAGUUAAAGAUGCUUCCUGACUCAUUUCUCUUCCAUAGGUUUCUGGGGACUUGUCAACAAUGCAGGAAUAUCAACAUUUGGCGAGACAGGGUGGCUGCCUAUGGAGACAUACGAAAAAUUUGCAGAUGUGAAUCUCCUUGGGAGCAUCAGGACAACUCUGGCAUUUCUCCCCCUUCUAAGGAAAUACAAGGGACGUAUUGUUUUCAUGUCCAGCAUCAUUGCCUAUUUUACUUUGGGAAAUGGCAUUUAUUCUAUGACCAAGGCAGCUAUUGAAAAAUUUUGUGAUGCUUUAAGACUGGAAAUGAAGAAGUUUGGUGUCCAGGUCUGUAUUAUCCAGCCAGGAAACUAUGCACGCUCUACAAAAAUUCAGCCACCACUCAGUGCCGAAGAGAUCUGGAGUGAACUCAGUGAAGAGGAAAAGGCUGUUUACAACAAGGAGUAUGUUCAAGAGCGGGCAAACUUUUUCAACAGUAUCCUCAGUGAGGGAAGCACUAAUGGCAAUGAGGUUGUGGAUGCUAUGGUGGAUGCUCUAACAUCUCCUGCACCCAAGGCACGUUACAUGGUGGCAAAGCUGAAGGAGAAGGUCCUGGUGUUUGUGUGUGCUUUGUUCCCAACUGCUGUGAUGGAUUCUGUUCUGUCUUAUGCUUUGAGCAAAGUAAAACUUGCAUAGCCUACAGUGGUGCUAUUCACUGACUCAGGUGAGACCGUUUAUACAAUGUGAAAGUCAAAGCUGAAUUUAAUGCCCCCAUGUGUCAAUACAGUGACACCAAUUAACCAAUAAAAACUUUGGGGCAUCUCCCUAA